AUGGAAGAAGGAAGAAACCUGGAAAACUACACUGUUCAAGGUCUCCUUGAUGAACUCAGAACCUAUGAGCACGAGCUGAAAAAGAAGAAGGAAGAACAAGUCACUCCCUUCCCCACGGCAUUGAUGACAACUUCAAGAAUUCCAUCAAGUGAAGGGACAUGCACAAGAAACUGUGACACACCUUCCUCCAGCCAGCUGUCAAGCUCAAAAAUGGAGAACUACGAAGAGGAAUUUGCCAUGAUGGUCAAACAAUUCCGGAAGUUCAAGAAGUUCUUCAAGAAGGCUGAUUCAAUCAGAAGGCCAUCCAAGGGAAAGCCACAGGUAAGUGACUCCCCUCCUGAAUCUUAUUUAUGCUAUAACUGCAGGAUGCCUGGCCACUGGAAGUCAGCAUGCCCGUACCCAAAAGUGGAGAAGUACGGAGAAAGAGAAAGGAUCGAGAAGAAAAAGAAAGCAAUGGUUGCUGCUGAAAGUGACGAGUCAUCCAGCUCAAGCUCGGAUGAAGAAGCCCUCGUUUGCAUGGAGCGCAGAGUUGAGAAGUCCAACCAUGAGGAUAGGUGGACUAUGUCAGAAGAUGACACUCUCUGCCUAAUGGCCAAAGAUGAUGCUGAUCAAGAGGUAACCUCACAAAUCUCCUGCUCAUCUUCUUAUAGCACACCAACUUCUGAAAAUCUUUUUGACCAGUUCAAAAAGAUGAUGAAAGACUUUGAGGAGAUAAAUCUCAAACACACAUCCUUAACAGAAGAGAACAAACUAUUGAGUGAAGAGAAUCUCAAGUUGACUGAAAGUCGGAAACGUCAACUGAAUGAGAUCACUCAACUCAAGACUGAAAAUGAAUCUCUCUCUGAAAAGGUGAAAUCCCUUAACAAAGAGCUAGGGAUACUCAAGUCCCAAGAAGCAGUGAACAAGAGAUUCCAUCUAUUAUGAUUCAGCAAAUGAGGCCAUCUUCCUAGGAUAUUCCAUGGUAAGCAAGGCAUUCAGAGUCUUCAACAAAAGAACCAUGAUCACUGAAGAGUCAAUACAUGUCAUUUUUGAUGAAAAACAUGUGGUUGACAAGCCAUCAAAGCAUGAUCAUGAGGUACUGGAUCUAUCAGACAAGGAUGAAGAAGUCAAUGAAGGAGAUAGAAUGAA